UAUUCGCGACGAAAAUAAGCAGUUGAAGAAGGAGAUGGAAGGUCUAAAGGCAAAACGAAAGAGGAGACUGUCACAUUUGGACGGUUCAUCAAAUCAAGCCUUGGCCAAGAAACUUUUAACUGAAGUGUGGGCAGUUUACGGCAAGAAGAAGUGGAGGAAGUCAACCAUCAAAGCUGCGGUUCAUCAGCAUUGGAGAUCCAUAAGAGAUGAUAAAACAAAGAAAGCAAACAACAGCUUUGAGAGGCACCGACGGCGAAUCAAGCGAAGCAAUCGUUUAAAGAGGAAACUUUCUCGACGACUGUCUACUCUGGACAACUCGACAGUGCUGUCUGAUGGAGACAAGAACAGGGCACGAGAAAUUCUGUCUUCCCCAGACGCAUUACAUUAUAUGUCGUCAGAGGAAAGCUGCGAAGAAGAGGCAGUAGAACCAAGGGGUGGCCCAACACCACGAAAAGUCAGAAAACUUUCAUGGGAGAGGAGCAAGCUGAGGAACAUCAAAGUGAAGCUGGAUGAGGCGUAUUUUGCCGCACUAACUGAGAAGCAACGUCGUACAAGUGCACGUGUCAACCGGACUGAGGAUGAAUUUAGUGUGGUGUUUGGGUUAUUUCCUGCCGCUGAUACAGCAGCAGAUGUUGUAAUUAAAUUUAAAAACUCCACUAUGGACAACAAAGAGCUGUUUGUGAGAGUCCUACCCACUAUUCAUGUAAUUUACGAACGAUAUCGUUUCAAUAAUCGCAAACAAGAGGCAGGCGAAAGUAUAAGUGCGUACGUGAUCGAGUUGCGUGUGAUUGCCGAGAACUGUUCUCAUAACGAAAUCACACCGGAAGAGAUUCUACGCGACCGUUUGAUCCUUGGGCUCCGAGAUGACAAAUGCCGACCAACUACCCCACAAAUAAACACUGUAGAAGAAGUAACAGAAGAAGUCUUUUGUAUCAUUCAAAUUGGGUGUGGCUCGCGUGCAAUGAUUACCAUGGAAGUUGGCAAGCCAAGCAGUCAGAGUCAGGUGACAUUCCAACUAGACACAGGUGCAGAAUGCAACCUCCUCUCGCUUAAGGAUUACCGGCGAGUCACAGAGGAGGUGGAUUUGAAAAAAGUCUAUCUCUGCUCACACAAGUUUAUUAAAUAA